GAAGAUCAUUCGGAGAUAAGAUCGCGAUCUAAGAGGUUCUAAUUUUUCUCUCUCUAACUCAUUUUCUAUAAUAGCGUGUUAGUGGCGGAAAAUUGCAUCAAUUUGGGGGUGAUCGUGUGCUGCUGAGUGUGUGUGAUCAAUUUCAGGGAAGAAGAAUGAAAUUGUGAGAAAUUUCCAUCACACAGGAUGUCCAAAACGCUUGAUUCCUCCCCAAAUGCUGGAAUUGACAAGAAUGUCCUGGCACGGUAUACGUCCCUUCCGAUGCCCGAUGGCCAGAUUAUCGCAACGUACAUCUGGAUCGAUGGCACGGGUCAGCAUCUGAGAUGCAAGGAUCGUACGCUGGACUUCAUUCCACAAUCCCCAAAAGAUUUGCCAAUUUGGAAUUACGAUGGUAGCUCAACGUAUCAAGCCAGUGGCCAUAAUUCCGAUGUCUACCUCCAUCCGGUGGCCAUUUACAGGGAUCCAUUCCGACGUGGUGAUAACAUUUUGGUGCUCUGUGAGACCUACAGCUUCGAUGGAACUCCAACUGCUUCCAAUAAACGAGCAGAAUGCGCCAAAACAGUCAAGCAGUGUGCUCAUGAAGAGCCAUGGUUUGGAAUUGAGCAGGAAUACACGCUUUUGGAUUACGAUCAGAGACCCUUUGGAUGGCCCAAGAAUGGCUUCCCUGGUCCUCAGGGACCCUACUACUGUGGCGUUGGAGCUGAUAAGGUCUUUGCGCGUGAUAUCGUAGAGGCUCACUAUCGUGCGUGCCUGUACACGGGCGUGAAGAUCUGCGGCACGAAUGCUGAGGUGAUGCCAGCACAGUGGGAGUACCAAGUGGGUCCAUGCGUGGGAAUCUCCAUUGGGGAUGAUUUGUGGGUUUCGCGCUUCCUCCUCCACAGGAUUGCCGAGGAAUUUGGCAUUGUGGCCACACUUGAUCCCAAACCCAUGCCUGGUGAUUGGAAUGGUGCUGGUGCCCAUACGAAUGUCAGCACAAAGAGUAUGCGCGCCGCUAAUGGCAUUGUCGUCAUCGAGGAUGCCAUUCAGAAGCUGUCCAAGUGCCAUGAGCGUCACAUUAAGGCGUACGAUCCACUUGGGGGGCAGGACAAUCAGCGUCGUCUCACAGGACGCCACGAGACGAGCUCAAUUCAUGAUUUCAGUGCUGGUGUGGCUCACCGUGGGGCCUCUGUGAGGAUUCCACGUGGUGUCAAUGAUGCCAAAUGCGGGUACUUUGAGGAUCGUCGACCCAGCUCCAAUUGUGAUCCCUACAGUGUUGUCAAUGAGAUCCUCAAGACGAUCUGCCUCAAUGAGGUUUAACUCGAUGGACGACAUUAUACGAUCAUCUCUUCCAAUUUAAAUAUCUUUGUGAUUUCGUCUUUUAAUAAUUUUCUCACCUUCAGCACAAGACACGUUGCAUAUGUGGAGGAUGUUUGUGAUCACAACUCCUUUUCAAGCAGCAAUACAAAAGUAGAAGAAUAUUCUGUUGUAGGAGAGCACCGACAAAUCAGCACAUCUUUGUUACCAAUAUUGCCUUUUAUCGAAGAUAUUUGAGUGUUUUUCGAAUGUUUAAUAAAUUUUGUUGUUGAAAA